GCGCCGGGACGGCUCCGCCCCCCGCGGGCGGCCGGCCUGCGUCCCAUCGGGCGCCGCGCGGGGUCGGCGCGGGGUCGGCGCGGGGUCGGCGGGGUCAGGAGCGCGGCGGCUCCGCGGCCCGGACGGGCGCAGGGCAGGAUGUAUACGCUGCUGUCGGGCCUGUACAAGUACAUGUUCCGGAAGGACGAGUACUGCAUUCUGAUCCUGGGCCUGGACAAUGCCGGCAAGACGACGUUCCUGGAGCAGUCAAAAACUCGCUUUAACAAGAACUACAAGGGGAUGAGUUUGUCCAAGAUCACUACCACCGUGGGUCUGAACAUCGGCACUGUGGACGUGGGGAAGGCUCGCCUCAUGUUCUGGGACUUAGGGGGCCAAGAAGAGCUGCAGUCUCUGUGGGACAAGAACUGUGUGGGGGCCAGCUUGGUUUGGGCUCCAGCUCCCAAGUCCUCUCCUUCUCCAGCCACCAUUGGGCCAGCAGUCAUGGGCGGUUUUCAGGAGCAGGUGCUGAAGUGGAGUUUGGGGGCACAGCACCUUGGAAGUGGACAGAGGGUGGUGGCCACCCCCUGCCCAAGUACUAUGCAGAGUGCCACGGCGUCAUCUACGUCAUCGAUUCCACGGAUGAGGAGAGGCUUUCAGAGUCCAAGCGAGCGUUUGAGAAGAUGGUCACGAGUGAGGCGCUGGACGGUGUCCCCAUCCUGGUGCUGGCCAACAAGCAGGACGUUGAGACUUGCCUCUCGAUCCCUGACAUCAAGACUGCGUUCAGCGACUGCACCUCCAAGAUCGGCAGGCGCGACUGCCUGACCCAGGCCUGCUCGGCCCUCACGGGCAAAGGGGUGCGCGAGGGCAUCGAGUGGAUGGUGAAGUGCGUCGUGCGGAACGUGCACCGGCCACCACGGCAGAGGGACAUCACGUAGGCGUGGCUGGUGCCCACGGGUGCCCACGACAUCCCUGAGUGCCAGAGGAGUGCUCCUGCCAGCUCCCCGCUGCCAGUCCCGGGGGUUGGGUUUGCUUGGCUCUCGGUUCUUCAUAUGCUUUGUUUUUUCUUUAAGACAAACUUUUCCCUGUGUCCAUACAA